AUGGUCCAAGUCUCAACUGUGGUGACGGCAUCUGUCGUAACCGCCGCCGCCGCCAUCGUUGGUUAUGCCGCAUACUUUGACUAUCAGCGUCGAAACCAGGCCGAGUUCCGCCGGAACCUGAGGAGGAACGAGCGUAAGCAGGCCCGCGCUGCCAAGGAGGAGGCCGAGGCUUCGACCCAGCAACAACGCAAGAACAUCCGCGCCAGGGUUGAGGAGGCCAAGGAGGAGGGCUUCCCUACCGGUGUGGAGGAGCGGGAGGCCUUCUUCAACGAGCAGGUCAUGGCCGGAGAGAUGCUCAGCCAAGAUCCUUCCAAGGCUCUUGAGUCUGCUCUGGCUUUCUACAAGGGUCUCAAGGUCUAUCCCGCGCCUGGAGACCUGAUCCGCAUCUAUGACAGCACUGUCCCCAAGCCCAUAUUAGAUAUUCUGGCCGAGAUGAUCGCUUAUGACUCGACGCUCGACAUCCGGACGCCCGCUGCUCCUGCUGGCAUCAACCUUGCCGACAUUCCCAACGUUGGCCUCGACUAA